UACUCUCACUGAGCUGCUGUCUACGCCCCAGCUCAGCCCCAAACAAUUCUGCUACUUACCACAUUUCUAGCACAGGGCUGAUCUGUGCACUUUCCAUUGUACAAAGAAGAAUAGUGCUGACAUCCUGGUGCUGAGGGGGCUGCCAGCUCCUCUGGUUAUUAGGGCAUAGGCGAGUGCAUCCCGGCUCCCAGAGGCAGAGAUCACCAAAGCACUUGGGGGUCUCGGCAACAAGCCCGGUGAGGAGACAGGAAGGUGUAAAUAAUGAUGAGUUUGGCCUGAGGCCAUAGAUGAAGACUACGCAGGAGCCUGUCUCUAAGGAGGUGAAGAUUUAACAAGCAUCCGAGCCAAAAUCAACACCGCCUAGCCCAACACACAAUGCUGAGCUGGAAGUUGCCCAGGCAACUCAGUAUUAAUCAAGUGCCUCAGGUGUUUCGAGAGCAGGGCAUCCUGUUUGGGUAUCGCCAUCCAAGAAGUUCUGCAACAGACUGUCUCCUCAGCGUCUUCCAGAUGACAAAUGAAACACUAAAUAUAUGGACACAUUUUUUGCCUGCCUGGUACUUCCUAUGGAAGUUGUUUGCCUUGGCCUAUUCGCUGGAUGUCUGGAACGACACGUAUGCCUGGCCCUUCCUUGCCUACAUGCUCACGUGCUGUAUUUAUCCUUUCACAUCCAGCUGUGCCCACACAUUCAGUACGAUGUCCAUCCAGGCGAGACAUAUUUGUUAUUUCUUUGAUUAUGGUGCCCUUAGUAUGUACAGCUUAGGUUCUGCGAUUGCUUAUUCAACGUAUGUUUUCCCAGAAGAAUGGAUCAAUAGCACUUUCCAUCACUGUUAUGUACCCAUUGCUGUGCUUAACACGGUCAUUAGCACUGGUCUUUCCUGCUACUCCAGGUUCUCCGAGAUACAGCAGCCCAGGCUCAGUAAAACUCUUCGCACGCUGGCUUUUGCAUAUCCGUACCUGUUCGACAGCACCCCUCUCUUCUACAGGCUAUAUCUGUGUACUGGGGAAAGCUGCAUGGAAAGUGUAAUCCCAGUCCACUACAAGCACUGUGUGUUUGCCUUCCUCACUUGUUUCAUUUUUGCUGCACAUCUGCCUGAGAGACUUGCUCCGGGAUGCUUUGACUAUAUUGGGCACAGCCACCAGCUUUUCCAUGUAUGUGGGAUCAUUGGCACACACUUCCAAAUGGAGGCCAUCUUUAUAGACAUGAACGCUCGCCGUGACUGGCUCUUAGCUUCCUCCCCUCAUCUCGCUUUCUCUCAAACAGUUGGUUCAAUUGGUAUCUCCAUUAUCAUUAGCCUAACUAUCAUUGCGGCUUUCUCACUGGCUCUCUAUUCAAGACCAAAGUCCUCUGGGAAAGAAAAACUACAUAGGCAUUAAACUUUAAGUAGAGAUUGGUUUUUAGUUACAUUGCUGCAAAUGAGAAAUACCAAGUAACUUUAGUACUGGAUCAAUGAAGGUGAUGAGGUAUUUUGAUGAGGUUUUUCUUGGGGAAGAUACUCCAGGGGUUUUCAAGAGUGAACCAUUUUAUAUUGCACUGCUUUUUGUACAUAUGAAUUUAAAGUUGGAGACAGAUUGUGAAAUGGUUUAAAAUCAGGUCAAGGUGAUAUUUUAGCAUGAAAUUAUUUAGAAAAAAAUUAAAAUAUUGUAAAAGGGAGAAGUGUAAUAUUUUGCAAGCCAGUAUUUGAGGGCAGAUUUAAUCCAAAUAAUGAAACUCACUGUGAUACCAUCUUCUAAGUCAAUGCCAUUUAUCUGUGUUGAUUUCAGUUGACUGCUUUAGGGCGGAACCAGGAAACUUUAUUAUUUUGAUUAUAACAUGAUUGUACAUUGUGAUUAUGUCAGUUCAUGGGCAUAAGUGUCUAUAUUUUAUAUAUUUAAUACAUGGGGUAACAUCUUGAUCCUAUUGAAGUAAAUGGCACUUUUGCAACAGA